AUGUUGACCCGCACAUAUGCCACCGAAGGCGAGUGGGAUGAUGUAGUCCACAAUGACGAGUCAAUCCAGGCCGAAGCCGAUCGGUUGAACAACCCAAAAAUGGACAAAUCCACUCAAGAACUGGUUCGGUGGAUCAAAGAUCUUUAUGCCUCUGGUGCUAAGCUGUGGACCAAGGAGAUGCUAUCCGAUGUUGAAGCUGAACUAACACAGAACCCGGUUCCACAGACAAUUUCACUACGAAGCAUGAAUGGAAAGAAUAUCGGACAACUUGUGCCUUCCCCACCACCAGUCACAAACUCUGGUAGCGAUGAAAUUCCUUCGCUCACAGUCAAGUUUAAAUUAUAUCAAAGUAUCAUCGAGAGAGCAGAGCAAAGUAUGUUGGAGUCUAAUAAGGACCACUAUUCCCGUUUCACUCAGGAAGAAAUUCAAAUACUCGCCACUCGGGGCGUUGGGAUAUGUUUUGCGACCUUUGAAAAGUCAAAUGCCGAUUAUUACAAGGUGCAGCAAUCUUGGGUCGAAGCUCGACAGAAUUGGCUCAACAGUAGCCUUUGUAAGGAGAUAUCUGAGAUUAUUGGAAGCACUGUUGAUAUAUCAAGACCAGUCACAAGAAUUGUCUGCUUCGGACUAGGAAGUCUAGCCAGAUCUAUUGAAGAUCCCGUUCGUAUGGCAGAUGACGGUCUACCGGUCCAUGGCCCAGGAACGCAACAUGCUGCAGCACUCACAUUGUCAACAAUUCUAGGCGAACGAUUGGGCAGAGAACCACUUCCUGUAAUGGUUCAGGAUCCAGCGUACAGCGAGGCUGACAAGAAGAUAUUGAAAGAAGCCGGCAUCGAGGUGAUAGGCGGCUUCGGGUCUCUCGGAUUCACGCAUGUUGAUGAAGAGACAAUCGUGUUCAGUUGUCAUCCCAAUAUACCAGUGAGGCAGAUUGUGGCUGACAUAGCCAAGCCUGCGGCCAUGAUAUGGAAUAAAGGUCGAGCUUCUGAAGAGAAGGCUAAAUACAAGGUCUUUGGGUGGCAAGGUAAAGAGGGAUUAUCUUCGCCAUAUUUUACCGACCAUGACUCACCCCGCACAAGGAAACUACUCCAAGACUAUGACGAAUUUGAUUUCCCUAAUUGUCACUCUCGCUUUGGUGAUCUGGCCAUCUACGUGCGGAAGGGGUGA